CACUUGUAUGCAGCGAACCUCCCCACCAAGUCCCUCCUUCGGAGCAGCGGCUCAAUUAUGCCAUACUCAAAUCUGGCAGGACUGGUCCUCUGUGUGCAACUGCAACGAACGAAAGUGUGAUGUUCUCUAGUUUACAAAAAAAUCCAUCUAUUAUCUUAACCAGCUUAUCCUUAGCAGGGUCACAGGGGGGCCGGAGCCUAUCCCAGCAUACAUUGGGUGAAAGGCAGGAAUACACCCUGGACAGAUCGCCAGUCCAUCGCAGGGCACACACACGAUUCACUCACACACUCAAACCCACAGGCAAUUUAGACUCUCGAAUCAGCCUAACCUGCAUAUCUUUGGACUGUGGGAGGAAACCCACACCAACACGGGGAGAACAUGCAAACUCCACAAAGAGAGGCCCCGGUCGACUAGAUUACGAACACAGGACCUCCUUGCUGUGAGGUGGCAGUGCUUCCCACUGCACCAUCCGUACCGCCCUGCUUUAAAGAAACAGUUUUUUAAAAUUACACAUUUUACUUUGGGUGGAUGUUAAGGUUUGGGACCCUUCCUUGGACCUUAUAUGCCAGUGCGUGUGACUGUGGUCUGUCUUUGAGCAUCUCAGGUGCAGAUUCUGAGAAUCGAGAGGAGACCACAGACAACAGAUCCAGUGUGGGCACAGAACCAGCACCAGAGAACACAUCCUCAUGCCUGGCCCAGUCCCAACCCUCCGCUGCUGACCCAGCUAAGAGAUGUUCAGCAGAUACUGAUAACAUGGAUGGGACCUUGAGUAAGGACACUGCACACGAGGAGGAAGAGGAAACUGAAAACUCAGAGCAGAGUGUGAGUGUGUCUGAAGAUGAGACCACCAGUAAAGGAACCAGUCUGAAGGAGCUGCUGAGAGACCUGGGACUGGAACACCACCUGAAGAACAAGCUGACUCUGAGCCAGGUGCUGCAGAUUGAUGGAGAGACUUUAUCUGAUGAAAGCAUCCAGUCUCUGAAAGAUCUGCCAUGGUGUUUCCUGAGGAAGCUGAUGAUGGUGAAUGUGUCCUUUCGUAGAAUGAGCUGCUCCUCAGAACAGGACACAGAGCCCCAAAACAUGGAUAGUUUACUGAGCACUGAGGACAAUCCACAGGACCACAGCAACACAGUCAACCCCCUUGACCUCAUAACUGCUGUAUUUCUGUGCUCAGAUGGCUUUCUCCAGCAGGAGAUGGCUUUGAAAAUGUCCAUGUGCCAGGUCUCUGUGCCUCUGCUGCUUCCUACAUGUGAUACCCAGCAGUGCACUUUAAUGCUGUGGGCCAUGAGGGAUAUUGUGAAAAAGUACAAGCCACACUCUGUGGAUAACCCAAGAGGGUUUGUGGAGGAGAGCAUUGUUCUGUCUGAUCUCCCCAUGGUCUCUUUUGUGAGGCUGGGAAACUGCAGCAUGUCCAAGUCUCACAUUCUGAACCAAGUCCUCAGCAACCCUCAGCAGUACCAGGGCACCUUUGUUCACAAAAACAUGGAGUGUGGUGACACCCCAAGGAGGAUUUCCAAUGGGCUGGUGGAAAUCAGCUGGUAUCUGCCCAGUGGGAACAAAAAAAUUGACAUCUUCUCUGAGCCUCUGGCUAUAGCUAACCUCCGUGGGGACCUCAGAGACUUUGGAACUCAGUAUGCUUUCCUCUGCCGCACAUCUACUGCUAUAUUUGUGUUUUGCGAUGACUUUGAGUUUGAACAAAGAUUUCUGGACUCUAAGCAAUUUAAGACUCAUUGGAUUUUGAUCACCAAUUCACAGAGCCAGAGCUUCAAUGAGGAUGACUUCAGGAGAUGUGUUUCUGAGAGAAAACCCAGUAACAUCAUCAAAAAGCAUCAGCGGAUGAAUGAUGCAGAAUUCAAUAAAAAACUGUGUUCGGCUAUCCGUGGAAUUGUAAAGGGAAACAUUAAAAUGAGCAUUGAAAGGAUGUCUGAUCUUACCCAUGAUUUAGGGAUCCGUGUUGAUGAAGAAUACAUCCACUGUAAGAGCGGCAAGCUUAAGGCUGAUGAAAUCACACGAGGAAUAUCUGACAUAUCGAGCUUCAAGAAGAAAGAAUUGCCCUUGCAAGGCACUGCAUGGAAACAGCUGGCCAAACUGGAGAAGGAACAGUGCAGGUUAAAAAAUGCUGGGGAGAAAAACAUAGAAGUUUACAAGAAUGAGCUUGCAGAUCAGAGGCAGGAGCUCAGAGAACAGCAGAGAGCUCACAGCAUCUCCGAUCCUAUGUCCCGUUUCAUCUCUGCGAUGUGCAAUUCCACAGAGGAGUGCAAGUAUUUCCUCAAGUGGAUGAGGAUUAAUCUGGAUAAUCUGUCACGCACACACCUUCCACCUCUUCGGGCAAUGUACCAGGAACAGUGUCAGAGUUCCUCAGAAAAUAAGGAGCUCAUUGCUAAGUUGGACAGGGAGAUCUCCAGCUGCUCCUUGGGGACGGAGCACUUCCUGAGGGAAAUGGGUCAGCUGUACGAGUCGGCCUGCUCACUCCCUGAAGCCCUCACCCCAGAGAUGAAGCGCCUGCCACGUCUCUGUGCUGAGCUGCUACAGGAGGGCUUUCCUCUGGAGCUGGUGGAUGGAGACUCAAGCAAUAUUCCUCUGGAGUGGAUGACUCAGGUUCUGAAAGAACUCCAUGAUCUAACAAGGAAUAAAUUUAAGAUCCGGGUGGUCACUGUACUGGGGGUACAGAGCACUGGGAAGUCCACCCUCCUGAACACCAUGUUCGGGGUCCAGUUUGCUGUCAGCAGUGGAAGGUGCACCAGAGGGGCCUUCAUGCUCCUCAUCAGAGUGAAAGAGGAUUUUAAAGUGCGGCUUGGGUGUGAUUACAUCAUGAUUAUUGACACUGAAGGUUUGAAGGCACCACAGUUGGCACAGCUGGAUGACAGUUAUGAGCAUGAUAAUGAACUGGCCACUCUGGUGGUGGGGCUGAGUGACAUCACAGUCAUCAACAUCGCCAUGGAGAAUUCCAUGGAAAUGAACGAUAUCCUGCAGAUUGUGGUGCACGCCUUCCUGCGCAUGAAAGAAGUUGGGAGGAAACCCUGCUGUCAGUUUGUGCACCAGAAUGUGCCAGACAUCUCUGCCCAUGACAGUAACAUGAGAGACAGGAAGCUUCUGCUGGAGAAGCUGAAUGAGAUGACUCAAGCAGCAGCUAAGAUGGAAAAGAAGGGAAACAACAAAACAUUUACUGAUGUCAUGGAGUAUGAUCAAGAGAGAAACACCUGGUACAUCCCUGGGCUCUGGAAUGGGUACCCUCCCAUGGCACCUAUCAGUGUUGGCUACAGUGAGUCUGUGGAUCUUUUCAAGAGGAGUGUGAUUGAGAAGUUUAUGGAACAAAAAUCUGGAAACAGCUCAGCACACACAAUCAUUGAGUUCAUUGAAUGGACCAAGAGCUUAUGGCAAGCAGUGAAGUAUGAGAACUUCAUUUUCAGUUUCCGCAACAGCCUUGUGGCUGAAGCUUAUGCUCAGCUUUGCACUGAGUUCAACCAAUGGGAUUGGGCCUUCAGGAAGAACAUGUACUCCUGGCUAAUGGAAGCUGAGACAAAGGUGUCAAACUUUGGCACAGAAGCAGAAUUUAAGAAUUUGGAUGAGUUACUGAACCGCCUGAAAACUCAGGCCUUGGAAGAACUGAUGAAAGGGGAAACGCUCAUUUUGUCCAACCUGACUGAAUUCUACAAGAGGCAAGAGGGACAUGUUCACUUGGUAGUGAAGUACAAGGAAGACUUGAACAACACAGCCAAAAGCAUCAGGACGGAGACACAGAACUCUGUGAAAAACAAGCUUGAGGCAGCGGUGGAGAUCAGAAAGGGUAUGUUCAGGUUAGAGAGCAUCAAGAACAAUCAAACAGCCACAAUGGAGAAAAAGGUGCAGGGGCUGAUUGAGAAAUGCAGGAAAAGUAAAGAUCUGUCUGAUCAACAGCUGGAGGAUGAAUUUGAGAAGAUGUGGGAUGAGACUGUAGCAGAGCUGCGCUUUCCUGGCAUGGAAGAACGAGACAUUGUGCAAGACAUCUCCCACCAACUGUGGAUUAACUUAGAGAUGAAAGGCAGCUCAGUACGUGAAAUACUGUCAAAAGUGAGCAACUUGUCUGAAUAUGGACGAGAGCCAUUCAAAGUGAAAAGUAAACAUUUGGGAUUAAAACAAUGGUUUUGUAAUGUAUCCUUAGGAAAGGAACCGAAGGAGUUCCAGCAGGUAGUUGAUCACAUCAUUGAGCAGAGCAAGCAGUUUGUUGAUAUGAAAGUGAGAACAAGAUCUGAUUACCAUAAAACAUACACAAUAGAGUUGCUUUUCGAGGUAGACGGAAUCCUGGACAGGCAUAGGAAUCUGGAAACAACUGCUGAAUUUCAGGCCAAGCUGAAAAUCCACAUCUGUGGACAUGCAGCACGGGAGUUUAAAAAAAUGCACCUGGCUUUCAUCCAAGCAAAUGAUCCUCGUCACUGUCUGGAACAGUUCAAGCAACAGUACAACACAGACUUUAAGGACCUGUUCAACAAAAGAGACCAGUGUCAGCAGAAAGCCAAUGAUUUCACUGUUAACUGUCUUCAACCUGCGGUGAAGGAAUACAUCACCAAAUCUCUGGGCCCUGAACUUGUGGAAGAAAUGUUGGCAGGGCAGAGAGCCAUUGAUUUCAGCACUCGAUCCUUCUUCCAGUUCUCAGUCCUUGAGCAGCUGCUUAAGGGUGAUAACUUUUGGGACUUUUUGAGAUACAUAAAUAAUUACGAGACUUUUGUACAUGACUGGAUAUUGAAGCGGAUGGUGAAGCAGUUCUCAGAGGGAGAUACCCUCAGGAACAUUGAGAUUAACCGCCUGAAGGUGAUGGUUAGCAGAAUAAAAAAAGCCAUUAAGACCUCACAGAUGAAGGCAGCUGAACAGGCAGCAAGAAGGGGUGAGGAGGCCCAGAACAUUCAGCAGUUCAUUCAGGAUAUCUGUACUGACCUAGCGAAGGAGCUUAUCAUCCCCAAAGACCCCCUCAGCGCAGUCCUGGCCUUAAACUCUGCCAAACCAGAUGAAUUUUCCCGGUGUCUGGAGGUGCUUGUGGAUGAAAUGGAGAAGGUCUUUACCGCAGAGUUUCAGAAAGGUGGGGAUGUGAGGGCCAGGCUGACCUCACUGCCCUUUCAGCCACAGAAGGAGCUGUUUAACAGGGUGUUUGGCUGUGGGAAGCGGUGUCCCUUCUGCAAGACCCCCUGUGAAGCUGGUGGCAAGAGCCACACAGAGCACUUUGCUUCCAUUCACCGUUCUCAGGGGAUUGGGGGAUGGAGAUAUCGUGAAUCGCAUAUAUUAGUGAGCAAUAUCUGCUCCAGCGAUGUUGCCAGUGAGAGAUGCUUCAUCUUGACUGCAACAGGGGAGGAACGGCAUCCAUACAAGGACUAUCGGAACAUUUUCCCUGACUGGUGCAUCCAGCCUGACACCAGCAUCCAGGCCUCAGACUACUGGAAGUACAUCUUCAGCAAGUUUAACAAGCAGUUUGCAGAGGUAUAUAAAGCCAAACUUGCUGAUAUUCCCCCCCAAUGGAGAUGUAUAACCCAGGAACAAGCCACACAAAGUCUGAAGGAAUACUUCUCGAUUAAAACAGUAAGAGAUUAAAUUGAAUGGAUUACACAGCCCCUGUUUCAGUAGGGUUGAAAAGGCAUCCUCUGAGUGGCAUUAAUAUCAAAUAAUCUACUCACAGGUUUGACUCAUAAUAGUUAAGCAAAAAAGAGCCCCAGCCAAGUUGAAUGGCAUGAACAAACAACAAGUUUUAUAUAAUACAAAUAAAGCACUCAUCAUUUUAAAAGGGGACAGUUGAAUUCAAUCAUCACUGAUGUUUGGAAAGAGUGAGAAUUCCUGAUCACUGAUAGAGACACUGCUGAAUUCCUGCAGCCUCCCCUGAAUCUUUUCUGGUUCUGUGAGAGAUAAUACCAUCAGCAGCUCAUUGUACUGAUAAAAUCAUAUUCAUACUAUCAAGUGAAAUUGCCUCUAUCAUUAACUAUGCAGCAUUUAUCUGUACAAAUCCUGCCUGUGAAUCAUCAUGGCUGAUAUCUGUCCAUUGUUCCAUUCAUUAGGAUGGUAAAUAGGCUGUGAUAUUUUAACAGUUUAACAGAGUUCAUUUCAUAUUGUCACCUCCACAUUAAAGAAGAUUUUUUUUUACAAAAAUCCAAAAUAUGUGUUCUAUCUCGUUAAUCAUUCUUAUAAUUAAAGCUUAUAACCUUCAUGUGUCAUUGGCAAUUAUCAACUUUACAUCACUGCUUGCUCAGGUGUUCAUUAUUUACUGCCUUGUUGAUCUGUUAUAUGUUAGAUAAUUAUCACUCUGUGUUAUAUGUUAUAUGUCACUAUUAUGACAAUAUUUUUCCAUUUAGAAAACUUAAUUGAACCUUUGUUUUGCGUCUUUGUUAAACGAAUGAAUUUCUCCAGACCCAUUCGCAUUCUCACAUUAAAAAUAAACUUUUAAUUAGAUUUUAACACAAUGAACUGUAUUUUGCUCUGCCUUGAACUGGGCUGAAAGUGAAAUUUUUCUCAAAUGUAAAUUGCAAAAACUGAAAUCUCAUUUUGUUUUUGAAUGGUUCAAUGUAUGCAAUCUAUGCACUGUGUCUAUUGAAUGAUUUGUUUUGAGUGGUUCAAUCUAUGCACUGUGUCUAUUGAAUGAUUUGUUUUGAGUGGUUCAAUCUUUGCACUAUUGUGUCUAUUCUGCAAUAUAUUCAGAUAUAUAUAAAUGCCAUACUUUCAAUGCGCCAAUGGCGGCCUGGCCCCUCCCACCUUGCUCAUAGGCCCCGACCAGUUUCUGUACAUUCGAUCUUUGUUAAAAAAAAAAAAGAAAAAAAAAAUUAUAAUGUAACGGGGUACGUAGUUCUAAUGGAACGGCACAGAAAAAUUUUGCUGUUAAAGCUACAAUAGGUCAUUUCAGACUCUUUAACGGUCAAGAGAGGAAUUGCAACAAUAAACACCCUCAAACCACU